UUUGGUACGAUACAGUGCAGAGUGCUGGCGGUUUAUGGCUCUUGUUUGUGUCGUUUCACAGAUCAAGAGCUCUAAAUGUGAGGCAGAGAUCCAGACUCUGACGCUGAAGAGUUUGCUGUAUCUGGAGCGCUACAUGUACCUGAUCCUCUUCAACACGUACCUGCACCUGGAGAAGAGAGACUCCUGGCAGCGCUCCUUCAGCGAUUGGAUGCUGCAGGUGGCGGCUCAGGCUGGAGUUUAUGAGCUGUUGAAUCAGUUGGGCUUCUCUGAGUUUGAGGACCUGAGAGACUCAACCCUCUGUCGUCUCCGUCACCGUUGGCAACAGCAGAACCGCCACGGGCUUCCAUUCAGAGGAGAAUUCAUCUGAGAAACGCUCGUGGAAUCUGCAGUACUCUUGUUCAUUUGCAGGACGCCCACCUGUUUUUGACCAAUAGCAUCCAGCAGCUGAAGUUUAAAGGACUAGAUGUUAAACCCACUGUGAGGAACUUUAAUGAGAACACGAGAUGAUCAGAUGUUGCAUGAAUAUUCAUGAGCUCUCACCUGUUAAUGUCAUUUGUGGUUAUUUUCUCUUUCUGUGCAGGUCUCUCACAUCUAUUAUUAACCUAAUUUUAAUUUAACAGGACUCUUUUUACAUCACAUUUAGCUUAGGUGGUUAUUUGACAUGCGUUUGCUUGUAUAGUUUAUUCACUCUGUU